AUGGUCGAUGCUAUACUCGUGGACUAUUUGGACACAUUGCCAAGGAUCGCCAUCGUGGAAAAAACCAGGAUGCGAGUCAGAACCAACAUGGUCAUUUCUAACAACAACAUCACCAACAAAAGAGUUGCAGGGUCUAAAUGUUCAGCAGAAUCAAAUGUUGGUGGAAAUGGAAAUUUGAUAGGCGAUGAACCAGAUUAUGAAGAAGAUAAUAUUAUAACUAGGUUGAAACUUCGAGCAUUGACGAUGGCAUCGGUUGCUAAUACCAUGAGCAUGAACAACAAAAGGAAUAAAAAUAAUCUUUCGAAAAUUACUUACUUGACAGAGAGCGAGUCUAAAAACCUCGAAGAUGGUUAUAAAUGGCGCAAGUACGACAAAAAAUCAUUCAAAAAGAGCCCUUUCCUAAGAAGCUACUAUCGUUGCACUGCAAUUGGUUGUAAUGCAAAGAAGAGAAUGGAGCGGUACGUGGAUGAUCCCACCCAUGUCCUAACCACCUAUGUGGGUUUGCACGCUCACGAUUUGCCACCAAUCCUCACCCCUCUAUCAAGAUCUUUCAACCUCUACAAUAGCUCCACCGUUAGCCCCAAAUUUAGCAGAGGAAGCGGUGUACAAAAACUUGUACUUUCAGAUGCAAGUGCAGGUGCAAGGAAAAGAAAGCAUGCCAAUAACAUUAUUACUAGUGUUAAUGUUAGAACUGACAGUGAUAGUUGUGUUAAUGACAUUGGCUCAAAUGAGGAUAUUGGUACCGGACUGCUUGAGGAUAUUGUUAAUUUUCAUGGCAUCGAAUUAAAGCAUCCUCUUCCUUCUCUGUCUCCAUACGUAGUUAUUCUAGAAUCUUCUGAAGUAGUUGCACAGUCACAAAAUCCAGUCCUUUCCACAAUCCCAUCCAAUCCUGAGGUGACCGUUUCUAACAAUAACAUCACCAACAAGAGAGUUGGAGGGCUUAAACAUUCAGCAGAAUCAAUUGUUAGUGGAAAUGGAAAUCUGAGAGGCGAUGAAACAGAUGAUGAAGAAGAUAAUAUUAUAACUAGGUUGAAACUUCGAGCAUCGACGAUAGCAUCGGUUGCUGAUACCAUGAGCAUGAACAACAAAAGGAAUAAAAAUAAUCUUUCAAAAAUUACUUACUUGACAGAGAGCGAGUCUGAAAACCUCGAAGAUGGUUAUAAAUGGCACAAUGCAAUUGGUUGCAAUGCGAAGAAGAGAGUGGAGCGGUACAUGGAUGAUCCCACCCAUGUACUAACCACCUAUGUGGGUUUGCAUGCUCACAAUUUGCCACCAAUCUUCCUUCCUCCAUCAAGAUCUUUCAACUUCUACAAUAACUCCACCGUUAGUCCCAACCUUUGUAAAGGAAGCAGUGUAAAAAAAUCUGUACUUUCAGAUGCAGGUGCAAGUGCAAGGGAAAGAAAGCAUGCCAAUAACACUAUCACUAGUGUUAAUGUUAGAACUGACAGUGAUAGUUGUGUUAAUGACGUUGGCUCGAUUGAGGAUAUUGGUACCGGACUGCUUGAGGAUAUUGUUAAUUUGUCAUCAAUAUCACCUCAUUAUCAACAUUAUCAACCAACAUCUCUAUAG